AUGUACGUUCCUGGUGUGUGGAGUGUAAUUUGGCGUAUAUGCGAAGCGAACAGCAAGUGGGAGUGUAUGGGCAAAAACCUACACCACAAAAGCCACACCACAACGACGCCACACAAUCGCCGCUACAACCAUCAACAAUUCAAUCAAAUCAUUCCUGAACUCUUCAACCCACCCCGGGGCAUCGCGAGACCCGGUAGGCCACCGAAACGCACGAACGCCAUGACCAUUUCGUCGGCUGCCGCUGACGUCAUGAAGAAGCAAAGAAUCCAAUUGGCCAGCGACAAACAUGAAUGUGCAUUGGAAUAUUUCCUAGCAACUGAUAACAUCUCUAUUCCUACAGAUCCCAAAAAAUCUCCAUUCACCUACCUGCCGACAUUUGGCGACCAGCCGCCCAACAAACCAGGGACUGCCACAGCAACAAUUCUACCCUCCCCCUUGCCUCCCCAUCUAUCCCCCAUAAAUUUUUUAACUUUUGGAAAUCCUAAUUUUAUGAAUUUUGUGGCCAACCAUAUAGCGGCCACUCGCAACAUGUCGUCUGCCAGGUACAACGAAUUGAGAGCUUACCACCAUCAGCAGCAGCAGCAGCAGCAAAUAAACGGCAGACGCAAUAGUUUUUCUGACGACAAUGACGCUGAUAAAAUUGAGAAUGACGUCAUCGCCACCAACAACAACAGCAUUGUUGACGACGAUGAUGACAAAAACAACAACAACAGCAAAAACGUCGAAACCGACAACAAAUACGAUGAAGAGAACGACGACUGCGAAAGUUGUCCUGAUAAUGAUUACAAAAUUAACAACAUCAACAAUGACAGAAACAACAGUGUUAGCAGUAACAACAACAACAGCAACAACAUCAACAACAACCAACAUAGACAAUCACCAAUUUUCGCCCAUCCAUUCCUACCGAAUUUCAACAAGCGCUCAUCAUACAACAACAUCUUCAACAGCCUAAACAACAACAAUUCUAGCGUUGCUACACAGGUGCCGAUAACAAUCAAAACAACAGUAGCAUCAAUGUUUGCAGCAACAACCUCAACGUCAACAACAUCAAAAGCAAAUUACGAAUUUCCUCUCAACUUGGAAAUAGUAAAAAGGCCGAUUUCGUGCAGCCCGAAUUCAGAAUACAUCAUCAACAACAACAACAAUAAAGUCACUAACAACAACUACAACAAUAUCACUAACAGCCGCAUCAACAACAACGACGACGAGGAUGAUGUUGAUAAGUUUACUAGCUACAGAAAUGAUAAUCUUAAUCGAGACGCCAGCAGUGAUGAAGAGGAUGGACAUUAUCAAAACAACAACAACAUCAUCAACAACAAAAACUAUUACAACAAAAACAACAGCAAUAACAGCAGCAGCAGAAUAAACAAAACAACAAAACCACAGCCAGCUACCAAAAAACUCAAAAACAUUACAAACGGAAGUGACGUCAGAAAGCAACGUGGUGACGUCAUCCUCGAUGAUUACAAUUGCAAGAAAGAUGACGAUGACGUUACAAUUAGCAACAUAAACGUCACUAGCGCUAGCAGCAAAACCAACAACAACAACAACAAAAUCACAAAUGACAUCAAGAACAAAAACAUCAACAACCCACCAAACAACAGCCAACAUAAAUACAACAAAGACAUCAACAACAUGAAUGCACGUACAGAACUUUAUAACAUCAACAACAACAUCAGUAACAACAACAACAACAACAACAAAGAUGAGUUUUCAGAUCGAACAACAAAACUAAAACUCAGUAUUGACGAAUAUUAUUCAGAAUCUUUUGAUGACGUAAUACAAGCAACAAGUCAGUGGACCAAUCAGAGGGUAGGAGGUCAUUUACUGCGGAAUAGUUCCAGCGCUGUCAGUACGGAAAUGAUGUUCUUGAAUGUGCAGGCGAUGAUGAAACUGACGAUGGAUCGAGUGAAGGAAAAUGAAAGAAAGCAUUUUCUGGAAAAAGAUAUCCAGCCAAUAGAGCAGCAAGACCAGGCAGGCGUCUUACCUUAUAGCAACACAGACAAACUAAGUAACCAGUGCAACGGCAACCGCAAUGGCAACCGCAACGGCAACCGCUGCUGCAACAGCAACAGCAAUAUGCAGCCACAACAGCAACCGCAGCAACACAAUUGA